AUGGUGUCAAGUAGCUUCUCUGUCGAUACUCAUAAAUAUGAUGACGAUGGAGUCAUAAAACGAACUGGAACAUGGGUAACUGCGAGUGCACACAUAGUGAGUGCUGUGAUAGGAUCUGGAGUUUUGUCAUUGGCAUGGGCUGUUGCACAAUUGGGGUGGAUUGGAGGAGUUGUCUCUCUGAUACUUUUCUCAUUCAUUACUCUCCUCACUGCUUCUCUCACGGCUGAUUGUUAUAGGUAUCCUGAUCCUGUUUAUGGAAUCAGAAAUCCUACCUACAAAGUAAUGGUAAAAAAUAUUUUAGGAGGAUUUCAAUAUAAGCUUUGUGCAUUAGCUCAGUACACAAAUCUUGUGGGUAUUACCAUUGGCUUCACUCUCACAGGAUCCAUUAGCAUGGAGGCCAUAAAAAAAUCAAAUUGUUUUCAUAAACAUGGCCAUGAAGCAGAUUGCAGUACAGCCACUUAUCAAUUUAUGGCAAUCUUUGGACUCUUUCAGAUUAUACUAAGUCAAAUCCCUAAUUUCCAUAAACUUUCAUUCCUCUCUAUUGUUGCUUCUGUCAUGUCUUUUGGUUAUGCUUUCAUUGGCAUUGGUCUCUCCAUAGCAAAAAUUGCAGAAGAAGGAAUCGAUGUCAACACAGGCCUUACCGGGGUCGUUGUUGGAGUUGAUGUCACAACAACUUCAGAGAAGAUGUGGAAUACCUUUCAAGCACUUGGAAACAUAGCUUUUGCAUAUGGUUUCAGUGUGGUCAUUGUUGAGAUAGAGGACACACUAAAAUCAAGUCCACCCGAAAACCAAGUCAUGAAGAAAUCAGCCGCUAUUGGAAUUUCAAUCACAACAUUCUUUUAUGCAUUAUGUGGUCUUCUAGGAUAUGCAGCCUUUGGGAAUAAUGCACCAGGAAACUUCUUAACUGGAUUUGGUUUUUACGAACCGUUUUGGCUUGUUGACAUUGGUAAUAUUUUCAUUAUUGUUCAUCUGGUCGGAGCUUAUCAGUUAUUUUCACAAACAAUAUAUUCUGCUGUGGAAAGUUGGAGUAGUAAGCGUUGGCCGCAAAGCAAAUUGAUAACAAAAGAAUAUCUUGUAAGAAUUCCAUUGGUUGGCACAUGGAGGAUGAACAUGUUCAAGUUGAUAGGGAGGACAAUGUAUGUGAUAAUCACAACAUUGGCUGCUAUCGUAUUUCCAUUCUUCAACAGCAUUGUGGGUUUGUUAGGAGCUAUAGCAUUCUUUCCCUUGACAGUGUAUUUUCCAAUAGAGAUGUACCUAAUACGAGCUAAAGUGCGAAAGUAUUCUCUUUUAUGGACUGUGAUGAAGGCGUUAAGUGUGUUUUGUUUGACUGUCUCUCUUGUUGCUGCAGUCGGAUCGAUUCAAGGAAUUAUCAAAGAGCUCAAGACAUAUAAGCCCUUCAAGUCCUAG